AGCUCUCCGUCAGGUUCAGCAUUGAAACUCAGAGUCUGGUGUUCAGGAGCACUCACAGAAUCACACUUCUGAUCUUCAGCAGCAGCUCCACAGAGACUGAGACAUGAUCUUCUCUCACUCCCUCACGGUGUUUGUCUUCAUGACGGUGCUGAUCGGCUCUGAAGGCUCCUGGGACUCCGGAAACUCGUAUAAUUAUGACAUCUCAAAGAAGUCGGACCUGACAAAGCUCUACAACUCGAAGGUUUAUGAGGCUGAGCGUUUGACACGCCCACUCAAGGGCCUGAGAUUCUUGAGUCACUCCGGAGUCAGAGUGACUCUGGAUGACGGUACGAAGUGGCUCGUGCAUAAAGGAGACGGUUUCGGUCUUUCAUCUCAGACGGUGGUGGUGAAGGCAGAACACAUGAGCAAGAAGUGGCGGGUCGAGGAGACGAAAAACUUCCAAGGCAGUAAGACGGUGUCGGAUUUCGUGAGAGCGGGAGGAACUGAUUACAGUCUGCUGUUCAAUAACUGCCACCACGGUGCCAAGAGGAUGAUGGAAGAUUAAACACACACUGCAGCACACACUGCGCAACACGCAAACUUUCGCUUUAAUCUUUCUCAUCGCUCAUUGCUUCAACACUGCAGCUGUUUUCACAAAAAAACAGGAAAUAAAAACAGCCUCGAGUUUUA